AUGGAAUUUAGCAACAAGCGCAACAUCAUAUUAGAGUCUGUACUGCAGGUGUUUGAUCUCGCUUUCUUGGAUGAGAAAGAGGUAGUUUUAGUUCUUCAAGGUUUUAACGAUGGUGAAUAUUAUGUUGUUAAAGGAAUACUUGAUUUCAAUGCUAAGCUGCUCCAAAUUGACACACCAGUGUCGGCAACUCAUAUGCAGGGACUGAAGAAGCAUUAUAAAACUUGCGUAACUUACGAUGAGAGUGGCCCUGUACUGAUAAUGUACCCAGUAUCAUGUUCUAAAGAAACAGACUGGAAAGCUGAAGACAGUGCGAUUGAACUGCUACACCUGAGAGCUUUCUAUGAAAAACGAGGCGUAAAACCACUAAAAGUUUAUUCAUCAUUUAAGGAUCAUCGAGCUCUGCUGUGUGACCCAUUUAUUUAUCGUAAUUGCCUAUAUCUGUUUAACUACUUCGAAAGUACACUAAUUUGCAUCUCAAUUGUUGGCAAAACGAAAGGUGAUAUUCGAAUUUUAAAUACAUAUGGGGAUCCGAAACACCAGCGGCCGAAUAGCAAAUAUGCCAAUAAAUGUCACAUCGUUUUUGGUGACGUGUUACUUGUCUAUUUUUAUCAACGGCUUGAUAAAGUUGAUGCUGAACCGCAAUUAUGGAAACUGGAAUUGGGGAGAGUUAAGUUUUUCAGUUCAAUGAACUGGUACAAACUGCAGCUGUUGCUUAGUUAUCAUUCACCAACUUGUCGUGUGUGCUUACAGCAAGCUAUCGGCAAACCGUUGGCUUAUUUGCACGGAGAGUGUGGGCGUAGUAACUGUACCGAAAAAGUUCAUCUGUAUCAACUAAAUUUGGAGCAGGAGUGUGUUAAGUCAAGCAAGUCUUCAAUUUCAAACACAGCAUCGGGGACGAAUUCACUGAUUAGCGAGAGAAUUAUUGACCAGAAUAGGAGACCGAAAAGCAAUAUGGAGCUGCACGAUACAGCACCGUCCACUAGCAGUAACUCAUCAUCACCGCAUUCUUCAACAACUGGCCAGAAAUCUGUGCUGCCACCAACACUUAGAUACGCGAGCAAACGGCACAACAUUGAGAAGGUUGUUUAA